AUGCUUCCCGCCGAUAAGCCGUUGAGCGAUCUGCUAGGGGAUGGCGAAAUACUUGCUCGUGGUGACAGCAGCAGCAGCAGCGCGAACGGGGGCUGUUCCAGUGAGGAGAGUGGUGGGUCGGGCUUUAAGCGCGCGUACUGGCACGCGUGCACCAACGUGGAACGAUUUCUCAAGGUGAGCGAUGGUCUGUCUUCAAAGUCACCGAGGGUGAGUGAGGCCCUUGUGAGGCCUCUCAACAGUGAGCGCGCGGACUGGCAUGCAUGCACCAACGUGGAGCGCUUUCUCAAGGUGUGUCGGCGGGUGGGUCUGAGGGACGUAUCGCUCUUCACCUCGCCCGACCUCGUGGAUGGCAGGGACGAUCAGCACCUCCUUACGCCCAUGUCCCCGGUUAUUCCCCCGCUCUUCCCCCGCUCUUCCCCCUCUGUUCCCCUGGUGUCCCUCCCCUUCUCCCCAGAGACGCUCAGCGUUCCCCCAUGUCCCCCGUGCCCCCCUCCUCUCCCUGUUUCCUCUCGCUGCGCGUACCUGUCUCCCCAGGUGUGUCGGCGUGUGGGUCUGAGGGACGUAUCGCUCUUCACCUCGCCAGACCUCGUGGAUGGCAGGGACGUUCGGCGCGUCUGCCUGUGCCUGCGCACGCUGUCCAAGCGACUCGUGGGCAUCCGGGAUUUCGACGGCAUAAUGGGGGGGGCUUUGUUGAGUCCGGACUAUGUUGACUUAGGCACACAAGGAGGAGAAGGCAUGGCAGGAGCAUCACUUGGAGGCCCUCCUGCUUCCACCACUGCGCCUCUCUUCAAGACCGAGCGGAAGGAGCAGCAGCAGCAGCAGAAGCAGUUUACUCAAGCAACUGCCACUGAGUCAUUUGACUCCGAACCACCAGACUCAGAUGCGCUUUCAAGCACCAACACAGAAACUGGCGUUUCUUCAGGUAGAGAGAGCAGCGUGCAGGGGGACAGUGCCACAGGUGCUGCAGCUGUGACAGGAGCUGCGGGUGCAGCAGGUGCAGCAGGUUUAGCUUCGCAUGGUCAUGCAGCCGAAUCGCAGAAUGCACCGGCCUGGUUUGGGCUCAAGGAGGACGAGAGGCGGAGCAUGACGGGCGCUAACCCUGCUGGCCUGCCAUCGCUCCGCGUGCAUGGGAGGCCCGUGGGGGAACGCGUGGGGGGAGCAAUGCAGCCUGCCGCAGCAGCAGCAUCAGCAGCAGCACCAGCAGGAGUACCUACAGAGCGUGCAGCUGUAGCAGGUGUGGCAGUGGCAGGUAGUGCAAGGGUGCGUGGGCAGGAUUGGAGGGGCGAGAGGGCGGAUGCGUGGCAUGGGGGGCACGAGCAGCGGCAUGUGUACCAUCGUCACAGUCAGCAGCACCCGCAUGAAUGUGACCGUGCGCGUGGGGCACCUCACAAGCAGCAUCAUCCGCAUGAGGGGCACGAACAGCAGCAGCAAGUGCACCAUCGGGCUGCUGCUGCAUCUGCUGCUCCGGUGGACGUGUCGCCUCGCUUCCUUCCUCCCGACCCCACCUCCCUCACCCCCGUUCUUGUAUGUCCUCCCGGACCACCUGAGCAGCCCCCGCAGAGUGGCCUCGCCCCUCUCCCGCACUCACUCCAACGCCUCCUCUACCUCCACCGCUCUCCACAGCACUCACUCGCUCUCCCGCCACAGUCACACUCGCGGCAGUCACCGCAGUCACACGCGCUGGGGCUGGUGGGGGAAGGGGAGGGCGAGCAGAGGCGGCGAGGCGUGUGGGACCUGGUUGCUGCUGCUGGUGCAGUGGCUCUGGUGGGCGGAGCGAUGGUUCUGGCGAAUAGGAGUAACAGACGAACGCGGGAGGAGAGGAGGAGGCGAGCGCUGGAGUAUGAGAGGCCGAGCUUCACGGACCACAUUGCGCAGCGGCCUCACCUCGGCAUGGGCUUUGGCGGGGUGUUUGAGCUCAACUUUGGGGAUACGCCUGUGGCUGCGGCGGCCACCGAUGCACCAGAUGGCGAGGGGGCCGAGGGCAUUGAAGGGGGGAUGGAGAGGGGUAGGGCGGGGGGCAGAGAUGGGGGGAGAGAGGGGGGGGCGGAUCUGGCGGCUGGGGAGGAGGAGCGGGCAGGGCUGGGCAGACGGGAAGCACGCAGCGGGAGAUGGUCACACGCGCUGGGGCUGGUGGGGGAAGGGGAGGGCGAGCAGAGGCGGCGAGGCGUGUGGGACCUGGUUGCUGCUGCUGGUGCAGUGGCUCUGGUGGGCGGAGCGAUGGUUCUGGCGAAUAGGAGUAACAGACGAACGCGGGAGGAGAGGAGGAGGGGCUUUGGCGGGGUGUUUGAGCUCAACUUUGGGGAUACGCCUGUGGCUGCGGCGGCCACCGAUGCACCAGAUGGCGAGGGGGCCGAGGGCAUUGAAGGGGGGAUGGAGAGGGGUAGGGCGGGGGGCAGAGAUGGGGGGAGAGAGGGGGGGGCGGAUCUGGCGGCUGGGGAGGAGGAGCGGGCAGGGCUGGGCAGACGGGAAGCACGCAGCGGGAGAUGGUCACACGCGCUGGGGCUGGUGGGGGAAGGGGAGGGCGAGCAGAGGCGGCGAGGCGUGUGGGACCUGGUUGCUGCUGCUGGUGCAGUGGCUCUGGUGGGCGGAGCGAUGGUUCUGGCGAAUAGGAGUAACAGACGAACGCGGGAGGAGAGGAGGAGGGGCUUUGGCGGGGUGUUUGAGCUCAACUUUGGGGAUACGCCUGUGGCUGCGGCGGCCACCGAUGCACCAGAUGGCGAGGGGGCCGAGGGCAUUGAAGGGGGGAUGGAGAGGGGUAGGGCGGGGGGCAGAGAUGGGGGGAGAGAGGGGGGGGCGGAUCUGGCGGCUGGGGAGGAGGAGCGGGCAGGGCUGGGCAGACGGGAAGCACGUCGCCCCUGGUUCAUGUCCCUCGGCUCGCAGCGGAACUCAACCUCAACGGGAGAAGCAAGAAGCACCACCAGCACAACCGGCAGCAGCAGCAACGCCACCAGCAGCAGCGGAGGGUGGCGGAGGGGGCCCAAGCCGCUGCCGAGGUGGCAGCAGGCGGAGCUGGUGUUGAGGCAGCAGCGGGAGAUGGUCAUUCGCCGCCUGCAUGGGGACCGCCGCUCCAUGGCUGAGAUCUGGGUUGGAGCAGCGGGGAGGGCAGAUGGGGAGAAGCAGGGAGGGCAGAUGGGGAGAAGCAGGGAGGGCAGAUGGGGAGAAGCAGGGAGGGCAGAUGGGGAGAAGCAGGGAGGGCAGAUGGGGAGAAGCAGGGAGGGCAGCGUGGGAGAGGUAGGAAAAGGGCAAAGGAAGGCAGGGAGAGGGCAGGAGGAGAAGGGAGGGGAGCAUAGAGGAGGUUCUGCAGCUUAA